AUGGAGGGGUACCACAGCACUGAGCGUGACAGGGCAUCUGAGACCUUGUCCUUCAUAGAGGAUGAAGAAGAGGAGGAGGCUGUGGACCCAGAGGAAGCGGAGGAGCUGACUAACAGUUUAAAAGAUCUUAUCCAAAAUGAAGAUGUGAAACCCAAGCUGCAGUACAUCAUGACUAACCCUUCCUUUUCUAUGGUAACAGUUCAAAGUGAAGAUAGUGGGAUAACCUGGGAAACCAGCUCAAGCAGAUGUUCUACUCCCUGGGCAUCAGAAACUAGUACAACUUCUGGUCUUUAUAGUAUGGAAAGUUCACCAGUAGGUUCUCCUCCAGGAAAAGUUAUCUUUAUUAUGGAUGAAGGUAAGAUUAUUCGGAAAAGGAAGCGUAAAUCUUCAAAUAGGGUGCCAAUGCCUACAAAUCUGAAGGGAGGCCAGGGCAAUAAAAAACGUGACUCUUCUGGAAUGCAGAGGCAAGAACCAAGAACUGUUCUAGGAGAGGUGCAGGGCUCAGUGUUAAACGUUGAACAAAUGGAAGCACAAGAUACAGAUGAGGAAAUGUUGGACGACGAAGAAGAUCUAGAGACCAUUGCAGAAGAGCCAGUAAAACGUGCUACAAUAAUAUCAAUAUUUAGAGAAAGCAGACUGAGAAAAGUAGGGCUGAUCCUUGGAGGACCAGUACAAGCUAGAAUCCAGCUGUUCAACUCAAUUUUUGGAGGGACUGGGCCAGCCCCUGAAACACUAUCCUGCCCUCCUGAAGAAGCCAGGAAGCAGCAAAGUUAUUCACCUGUGGCCAAAAUGGCAAUAACAGAGCAAUCAACAUCCGUUUCAUUAGAGUCUGAUGAUAAAUCAGAGAAACAAGUGCUGCUUCCUUCAGCUGAAACUGCAAACAAGAAACCAGACCAAUCCCUGCUGACAGCAUCAGAUCCUCUGGAUGAACUGAUGGAGCAGGAAAUUCAGCCCAAUUCUGCACCACAGUCUGUUUCAGCAGAUUUUGUUAAUGAAUUAGAUAGACAAAGUACCCAACCUAUUUUGCCUACUGCAUCCAUGUCAGAACAUCCUGAGAGGGAAGCACAGAAGUCAGCAGUUCAGUCUUACUUACCUAGUGCUCCAUCAGCUAAAUCCAAAUAUUCCACUCUAUCUGAAAAAAGACAGGAGAAUAUUAUUCCUCAGUCAUCAGAAACUGCACAAUCUGAGUCUGAACAUGUGCUUUUACCACAUUCUGUAUAUGAAACAGCGAAGCAAGAAACUGAGUGUCGCUCAUCAACAACAGCAUGGUCAGAAACCGAGCAUUCAGGUCUAUUGCAUUCUGCUAAAAAAAAAGAGAGUCAAAAGACCCCACCACCAGAAACACAAAAUGUUCACUUAGAGAAGCAAACAGAUUCCGAACGAGACUUUUCCUCCUCCCUUCAGGAAACAGAGGAGCAAGGAAUUAAACUAAAUUCACCUAUUCCUGAAAAGAUAGAUUCUAAAUAUUUUGGCAUUUCAUAUCCUAUUUGCACAGAAACACAAGAAACUCAGAAAACUUCAACUGUAAAUAAAGCAGUAGAUUUGGAUCACCCUGAUUUUUCCACUGAAAAAAACAAGCAAGUUUUUGUGUACAAGAGUACGCAAAUGGAGAUGGAGCAUCCAGAUUUCUCAUACUCCAGAGAAGAAACAGAGGAAUUGGAGAGUGCCCAACUGGAGACAGAAUAUCCUGAAUUGCUUUUUUCCACGAAAGAAACAGAAGAAUUGGAAAGUGCCCAAUUGGAGACAAAGCAGCCAGAUUUCUCAUAUUCCAUGGAAGAAACAGAAGAAUUGGAGAGUGCACAGCUGGAGAUGGAGCAUCCAGACUUUUCUUUUUCCAGGGAAGAAAUGGAGGAAUCUGAGAGUGCACAACUGGAGAUAGAACAUCCAGAUUUCUCAUAUUCCAGCAAAGAAAUUGGAGAAUCAGAAAGUGUACAACUGAAGACGGAGCAUCCAGAUUUCUCAUAUUCCAAAGAAGAAAUGGUGGAAUCAGAGAGUGCACAGCUGGAGAUGGAGCAUCCAGACUUUUCUUUUUCCAGGGAAGAAACAGAGGAAUCAGAAAAUGCACAGCUGGAAACAGAACAUCAGGAGUUUUUAUUUUCCAGGGAAGAAACAGAAAAAGAAAAAUCCGUUCCUUUUGAACUGGAACAGCCAGAGUCUUAUUCCCCUGAAGAAGCAGAGCAAGAAGAAACAGCACAGCUUGCGUUGGAACCUUCAGAUUUAUUGUGUUUGAUGGAAGAAGCAGAGAAAGAAAACACUACAGAACUCCAAUUGGUACAUCCAGAUAUAUCUGAUUCCACUGGAAGAGCUGAGACACAGCAAACUGGGUAUCUGAAAACAGCACAUUCAGAUUUACCAUAUCCCAUGAAUAAAACAAAGCAGCAAGAAUUGGCACAAGUAGAUUUGGAGAAUUCUAUUAUGUCAUAUUUUAGUGACAAAGGAGAACAGCCACAGCCUGUACAGCAGGAUUCACAACCUGGAGGUAAGCUGUAUUCCCAUGCCAAGAGAGUGCAAGGAGAAAUUACUCAACUGCAGUCAGAGCAUCCAGUUUUGUCAUAUUCUACUGGAAAAGAACAGCAAUAUAAAAACUCACAGAUAAGGGUAGAACAGCUGGAUACAUCGUAUUCCACUGGCAAAACUGAACAACAGGAAAUAUUGCAACCAAAGUUGGAACAAGCAGAUUCAACAUAUUCCCAUGGAGAAACAGCACAAGAAGCUGUACAAAAAGACUUUGGCAGAAUGGAACAAGAUAUAGUACAAAGAGAGCUGGAACAGCAGGAAACAGCCCAACAAAAAGCUAUGCAAAUGGAACUGGAGUAUUCAGAUUUGUCAGAAAUCUGGGGGAAAGAAGAGCCACAGGACAUAGACCAAAUGAAUUUGGCACAGCAAGAAACAGCUCAACCAGAGUUAGUGCAUCUGUCUUUGCCAUAUUCUUUCAGUGAACAAAUACAAGAAGAAAUGCAAAUGGAGCCAGCAUAUUCAGAACAGACAUUUUAUGUAAGUACAGAAGUGCAGGAGAAAAUGACACAACACAAAUCAGAGCAACCAUUUCUUUCAUAUUUUACUGGCAAAACAGAGCAACAAGAAAUAGUACAUUCAGAGCUGGAGCAAACAUUUUUGCCAUCUUCUUCUAGUGGAAAAGAAGCUCCACUGGAAAUGAGUUCAGAAUAUCCAUAUUUGUCAUAUUCCUUUCAGGAAGCUGAACAACAAGAAAAAUUGGAACAUCCAUCCUUACCAUUUAGUUUGAAGCAACAGGAAACUGCACCACUGGUGAUGGAACGUCCAGAUUUUUCAUGUGACAGUGGUGAAGCAAAACCAGGCGACACUGUAGAGCAGGAGUCAGAACACCCAGAGCUGUCAUACUCCAUGGGAGAAACACAAGAAUCAGAACAUUUGGAUUCACCAGGAACCUUGGGUGAAGGAGCACAAGAUGAAAGUAUGGAAGUGGUCCCAAAUUUGUCAUGUUCUGAUGGCCAAAAAAACCAGCAAGAAACUUCACAAUUGGAUUCAAAAUAUCCAGAUUUAUCAUUUUUCUUUGGUAAAGCCAAAGAACAAGCAACUCAAGAGUUUGAACCAAAACAUCAAAAAUUGCCUAAAGUGGCCAGAAAAAGAGUUUCUCAAGCAACUGCACAAAUAGAGUCAAAAUAUCCAGAUUUGACAUAUUCCCUUGGCAAAGCAGAUGAGCUGGAAAUCGCACCAUGGGAAGUGAAACAUCCUGAUUUGUCAGAUUCCACUGAUGAGACAAACCAACAAGAAGUAGUACUGUUGGAUCAGAAACACAGAAAAAUUUCUGUUGACAGAGAAAAGCAUCAGCAAACCACAAACCAGCAGUUAGAGCAAGAAAAGUUAUCAUAUUCUCCUGGCAAAACAGAACAAUUAAAAUAUGCCCAAGAGGACUUGGAACAACCAGAUUUAUUGUUUUCCAUUGACAGGCCAGAUGAUGAAAUGGCCCCACCAGAGACAGAACAUGCUGAUGUGAUACAUCCUCUGGACAAAGCAGAGGUAUGACGAAGAGUACGACAAGAAUCAGAGCAAACAGGUUUAACUUUCCCCUUUGGAAAAGCAGAACAGAAAACAGUUCAGCCAGAUGUGGAAAUUCCACAUUUGGCCCAUUCUGUGGGUACAGCAGAACAAAAAGAAAUGGCAGAACCAGGGCAGGGACAUCCUGACUUGCCUUAUUCUGUUUUCAAAGAAGGAGGACUGCAAACUGCACAACUGAAACCUGAAUACCCUGGUCUAGCAUGUUCCCUUGACAAAGUGCAGGAAACAACCCAGCUGAGGUUGGAACAGCUGGAUGUGUUGUAUGUCCGUGACAAAACAGAGCAACUCCCACCUGCCCAGCUGGAGCUGGGCCACACAAACUUGGCAUCCCCUGAUGACGGGAUGGAGCACACAGCCUUGGGAUGCCCUGAUGAGGGACAGUCUGUCAGCAGAGCAGAGUAUCCACAAGCUGCAAAAGAGAAACUAGGACUUCCAGUUGCAUCAUCUCAUAAUGGAAAAGCAGAGCAAAGAGAAAUGGCAAAACCAGAGCCGAAGCAUCCUGAUUUAUCAUAUUCCAUUGAUAAAACACAGCCACAGUCGCAUUCCACUGGCACAGCACAGCAACAAGAAAAGGUUCAACCAGAGCUGGAACAGCCAGGUGAUUUUUCAUCAUCUCUUGGCAAAGAAGAGCAAUGGGAAAGUUCAGGAAUGCAGGCAGAACGCCCUGAGCUGCAGUGCUCUAUGGGGAAAACAGAACGACUGCAAAAUUCCCAAACAAAAUCAGAAUAUGCAGAUUUGUCAUUCUCUGUUGGCACAGCAGAAACUCAUAAAACAACACAGCCACAGUUGAAAGAACAUGAUUUGUUGCAUUCUUUUGUCAAAACAAAGCAAUCAUGGGCAGCCCCACUGGAAUCUGAACAUCCAGACAUCUCAGAUGCCAUGCGCAAAGUACUACACCCUGAUUUGUCCUCUUCUGUUAGUGAAGAAAAACGAAGUGCACAACUGGAGUUCAAACAGGAGAGGGGAAGCUAUGCAUUACACCCAGAGGAAACAGUACAACUGAAAUUGGAACGGCCGAUGUUGUCAAGUUCUCAUGGCACAGCAGAGCAACCAAAUAGAGCCCCACUGGAAGGGGAAUUCCUGAACUCUGGCAAAAAAGAGCAACAAGAAAUGGCAAAACAAGAGUUGGAGCAUUCGGAUUUAUCAUAUUCCACUGAUAAAACACAGCAACAAGAAACCACACAACUUGGGUUAGGACAACCAGAUUUAUCAUCUUGCCCUGGCAAGACAGUGCAACCACAAACUGUUCAAGUGGAAGCAGAACAACAGGACUUGCUGCAUUUCACUGGCAAAACAGAACAGCAAAGAACAGCACAACCAGAGGUUGAGCAUCCAGAUUUGUCAUAUUCCAGGGGCAAAGUAGAGCAGACGCAGGCCAUGCAAUGGAAAUCAGAGCAGCCUGUAAUACCCCAUCCCAUUGGGAAAACAGAGCAACAAGGAAUGGUACAUCCAGAGCGGGAACUUCCCAAAAAAUUUAACAUAUGCCUUGGUAAAACAGAUGAAGUACAACCUGUGCAAGGUGAACUGGAACAUACAGGUUCGUUGUAUUCUUCUGACAAAAGAGAACACAAAAUGGUAUUGCCAGAGUUGCGACAUCCACAGCUAUCUUAUUCUGUUAGAGAAAUAGAAGAGGAAGCUACACAUCAGAAAUCAAACUAUCCAGAUUUGUCAUAUUCUGUUGGCCAACAAGAGCACCAUGAAACUGAACAACCAGAGGUGGCAGAAAUGGAUUUAUCCUAUCCAGCUGGCAAAUCAGAGCACUCGCAACCUGGCCAAAUAGUACUGCAACAGCCAGAGCUUUUCAAGUCCUUUGGCAAACUAGAGGAAAAGGGAAUGGCCCAGCCUGGCUUUUUGCACUUCCUUGGUGAAGAAAAGCGGAAACCAGCUUCAUGGUUAGACUUAGUGCAACAAGGUUUAUCACAUUCACUUGGCAAAACAGAAAAACAGGAAACUGCACAAGCAGGGUUCAUGCCUUCUGAUUUUUCAUAUUCCACAGGAAAAGCAGAGCAGUUGCAAAUGGAACAACUAAAAUCAAAACAUCCAGAUUUGUCAUAUUCUCUUGGCAAAGCAGAGACUCGUGGAAUAAACCCACCAGAUUUAUUGUACUCCUAUGGCAAAGCAGAGCAGCCACAGGCUGCCCAGCUGGAGCACCCAGAAAUGUCAUACUUCGCAGAUGAAAUGGAGCGGGGGGAUGGGGCCCAACCUGAACUGCAGUGUGUUAAUUUGCAGUACUCUGUUGUUGAAACAGAGCUAUCAGAAACACCUUCUGUAUCAUAUACCUUUGGCAGGAUCGAGGAGCAGGAAACUGCACAACUGGACUUUGAACAAUCAGAUUUAUCAAGUUCUACUGAUAAAGCAGAAAAGCAUGAAACAGCCUCACUGAGAGCAGGACGUUCAGAGAAGCGAGACACUGGGGCUACUUCAUUUCUAACUGCUCAGUUGGAAACUGAACAACAAGAUUUAUCCUUUUCCACUGAGGAAGCAGAGAGCCAAAAAAUUAAACUGUAUUCAUCUCUUCCUGAACAAACAGUGUCUGUACCUUUGAGUAUUUCACAUUCUGUUUCUGAAACAAAAAUGGAAGGAAGCCCAAACUCUACCUGUGUAACUGGAAGCCUGUCCCCCAAGCACUUAGAUUUAUCUUACACCCAUUCUAAAACAGAACAGUCAGAAACUGCCCAGCCUGAGUCAGGUUACUUAUUUGCAGGAAAAGAAGCAGAGAAUACAAAAGUUCAUCCACAUUUGCCUGUGGCUGCACAGUCAGAGUUUGAACAUGUAAUUUUACCUGAAACAGAGAGAGAACAGACUCCACAUUACUUCCACACAGCUACACAAUUAGAAUCUGAACAAUUAAAUUUAUCAUAUUCUAUAGAUAAAGCAGAAAAUCUAGAAAGUCAAGAUUAUUUAACUGUACCUUCAAAACCGGAGUCUCAAUCUUCAGUUCCAUUUUAUUCAGCUGAUGAAACAUGUCAGCAAGAAAUUCCACCUUACUCAAAACCUGUCUCUCAGUAUUUGGUUCCCACAUGGUCCCUUGCUGAACAAGAAAAGCAAAGCAUGCAGCUACUUAUUCCCCAGUCUGCACAAUCAGAGUGUAAACAUGUAAUUCCACCACAUGAUGAAAAAGAAUUGCAAAAAAUUCAGCUAUAUUCACCUAAACCAGCAAGCUUGAAGACAGUGCAGUUGGAGAGUAUGCCUUGAACGUGCACACAAGACCAAGAUGAGCAAGAAUCUCAAGAUCAUUUGUUGGACACAGAAUAUUUGUCAUCAGAGCAGCUAAGAAGUCCCCCCAAAUUCCCUACAGAUCAGGAUAAGCAAGAAAUGCAACCUGAUGUGCAGAAAGUACAAAGGUUGGUGACCACAGAGUCAAAGGUGACUGCUGUAGCAGACUGGAAAGCAGUGUCAUCGGAUUCAUUUGUACCUUUUCAUACAUUACCUGAAAUGUCAGUAUCAGUGGCUUUCACUGAUGAUGAAGAGAAACAAAAUAUUCCAUCAUCUUUAUCCGAUGUAGUAGGCAUGCUUGGAAAGCAAUCUAACAUAGUUUCAGGCAUUUAUACUGAAGGAAAGGAUAGACAUGAAAUGCAACCAUAUUUUGCAGAGCAAAAGCACACAUCCUUAGAGCAUCUGGGAGCUGUUUCAUCAGAUCUUGUUUACGAAACUGUGACACACCAAACUCAGCAUUAUUCUGGUGAAUGGAGCAGCUUUUCUUCAGCAGAGACAAAAUCCGUUUGCUCUAGUUCUGAUGAAAAGCAGAACCCAGAUAUUCCAUCUUUUGGGCUAGCUAGCUGGCUGGCAGAAGAGGUGAAAGCUUGCUCAAUUAGUCCAAUAAGAGCUACAGAAGUAGACAAGCAAGGAAUUCAACUUUCUCCAAAUGAAGCUUCUGGUUUUGGAUCAAAACAAUUCCCAGCUGGAAGUUGCACAGACACAGUUCAUGGUACUACAAAGAAUAAAGGAGAUAUGUUUAGAGUUUCUGAUUCAGUGUCAAGUGAAAUUUCCCACAGAAUGUCCUCAGAAACUUGUCACAGCGCACAAGGGUAUGAUUUACCAUCUCUGGGAGGAGACAAUCCAGGUCCAGACAAAACUAGCAUUGGAAACCCUACAAAAAUGGAAGCAAUGCAACAUCUGGAGGUAGAAAAAGUGUCUGAAGUGCCUGAAUGUUACCUGAGAAGAGAAGAAGAAGAAAUGGAACAUGUGAGCGCUGUAGAAUACAGUGAGCAUGCUCCAGAACCUACUGAACAAAAAAAUCUAUUUAAUAUUAUUUCAGAAGGUUAUGAAAUACUCAAUAUUCAUGCUCCUACACAUAUUUCUUCUGUUGAUCAAGAAGAAAGUAAACACAUGCCGGAUGAUAAAUUAGAAUACUUGGAAACAAAUCCUUCAUUUAAAAGCAAAUUAGCUGAUGAUUGCCAUAGAGCCUUAGCUUCUGGAACAACCACAGAAAUUUCAGAAAGCUCAGUGUUGGGAAAGCCUGCAAGCCAUGAGCUAAAAGAAUUGGUCAAAAAUGAUGAUGUUGAGGAAACUGAAGAAACACAACAAGAAAAUUCCAUGUUGCUAGGAAACAAUAAUAAUGCAGUGUUGUAUCCUAAUAAUGGUAUGGCCGAUAUGGAUUAUUUUGAAAAAUAUACCUUGAUUGAUGACAAAUCCCCAAUUAAGCCACAUUUCGAAAGACCAAGUUCAUUGUUUCCUGUGACAGAAGAUCCCAAUGAACCUGUGGAAGAAGCCACAUCUUUUAAAGAAAGUGCUGAGGUAGAUACUUUGGAAGAGGAAUUUUCCUUACUUGAGGAUCUGGAUGAAGUCUUUUACGGUACUGUGAAAGGAGAAAAAAAAAUUCAGUCCUAUGCAGAUGCUCCAAAACCUUUACCUCUGCAGAAAUCAACUGACAUUAGCAGUAAAAAAGUUACAAAUGUAGAAGAUGAACAGAAGUCACCAGAGACCUCACUCUUUAAUUCAGAAGAAGGAGUGCUAGAACGAUUGCUGUUGUUCCCUACCACUGUUGCUGCAGUUAAUCCAGAGCUUCUAGAGGAGCCACCUGCUCUGUCAUUUUUAUACAAGGACCUCUAUGCAGAAGCAGUAGGAGAAAAGACAAAAGAUGAGACUCCUUCUGAUGAGGAAAGUGGUAAUUCUAAUGUGUCUUUCCAAAGGGGUGUUGUGGAGAGAGAGAAAGUCCAGGUUGAUAGUGAGAUUCAAGCAACAAUUUGUAAACCAAUGCAUGCCAUUCAUUUUGGAAGCAAAGUAAUUCUUUCAGGUGCAAGAAGUGAUAACACUAAACAAAGAGAAGAAGAAAAUGUACCUGUAGAAACAACUGAGGAAUUGCCAGAGCAGUCAAGUCAUCAAGAGUGUAGUCAACUAGUGGAUUAUCAAGAAGCUGGUAAUAAGCAGGAAGAACAGCAUGAAAUAACAGCAGUUCCUCAAACGGAAAAAUAUGUCCCAUAUGUCAGGACUCAUGUUGAAGACAGUGAAGAUGAUCAGUAUACCCAGGAAAAUCUUUCAUGUGUCCCUACCAUUCAGCAAACAGAGAAGCCAGACUUGCAAAGAGAGGAGCAGCACCCUGAUGUUUAUGAAAAUCUCACUGAGUCAAUGGACUAUGAUGUGAUUAUGCAAGAAGAACUUUUGCAAGAUGUAAUAUCAUCUGAAUUCAUACAUGAGGAGCUAUUAUUUGAAGACAGGGACUCUUUUGAGCAUGUUGGUGAUAGUUAUGAAUUUGAUAAUGAUGAGCCAGAGCAAAGAACACCUGUUGAGCUUGAAGAUUCAGGCUUUGUGGUGAUGUAUCCUGAAAAAUCAGCAACAAACAUUCCUCAAGUUGAGAGCCCACAAAGAGAACUGAAGAAAGCGCAAGCAGACACAUAUUGUUACCACUGCAAAUGCCCAAUAUCUGCUAUUGACAAGCUUUUUGGAGAACAUAAAGACCAUGAAGUCACAACACUAGAUGCUGCUACAACCAAGAUGAAGGCUCAGUUAGGUGAAUUGCUAAUAGCACUGGAAGAAAAGUCAAUGAAGAUUGAAGAGUUUGUGAGUGAUAUUGAAUUGCUAUUUAACUCUGUUGAGUACCUGUAUGAGCAGAUGGUUAACUUCCAGCAAACUGUUGAUUCAGCAAAGGAAACUUUGGAAACAACAGCAAAAGAAAUGGAAGAACUCGAUGGAUUUGUUUUCCUAAAUUCAUCUAAAGAAUUGAAUAAAAGGUUACUGUCUGCAAUGGAUACUACUCUCUCUUUAGAAAAAGUGCCCAGUGCUUUUUCACUGUUUGAGCAUUACGUGGACAGUCCAGGAAAAAGCAACCAGCACUCCUUAAAACAUAUGGCAGUCCCGCAGACACCAACUGUCAUAUCUCAGGAACCAAACUCGGCUACCAGCACCUCCAUUGCUGUCUACUGGACUGUGAAUGAUGGGGACACCAUCAACUGCUUCCAGGUCUAUUGUAUGGAGGAGCCACAAGCCAGCAAAGAUGUGGAGGCUUUGGCAGAAGAAUACAAAGUGACGGUGAAGGAGAGCCACUGCAUUUUAGAGGACCUGGAGCUGGAUCGCUGUUACAGUGUGUGAGUCAUGGCUGUGAACUGCACUGGCUGUAGCUUACCCAGUGAAAAAGCCAUUUUUAAAACAGCACCCGCCAUCCCCACCAUCAAGGCCGAGGACUGCAUGGUGUGUUGGGACACGGCCACCAUCUGCUGGCGCGCCAGCUCAGUGGCGACAGUGUCCUUCACUCUGGAGUACUGCUGACAGCAUUCGCCGGAAGGAGAGGGUCUCAGAUCUUUUGCUAGUAUAAAGAGACCUGAACUGAAAGUAUCUCUGGAGCCCAACGCGAACUAUUUCUUCUACUUGAGGGCUGUUAACCCAUUUGGAACAAGUGAACAAAGUGAAGCUGCUCUCAUCUCAACUAAAGGAACUCGAUUUCGCCUACUGAGCAACACAGCCCAUCCCGCUUUGCAAAUCUCCCCUGAUGCAACUGUGAUCCGCCUUCCCGAGACAGCCAAAUUCACUGGGUUUCCUUCAAUCCUGGGUGAACUGCUGCCUGCUUGGGGACGUCAUUACUGGGAAACCAUUGUCUCUGCCUGCAGAAGCUAUAGGAUUGGGAUUUGCUACGAGGCAACAUCACGGAGCAGUGUCCUGGGGCUGAGUGAUACCUCCUGGUGCGUGCACUGCUGUCCUACGCAAACCAGCUUUCUUUACAGAUUUCUUCACAUUGGUGUUAUGAGUGAUGUCCAUGUGACAGAACACCCAGCCAGGCUCGGCAUCCUGUUGGAUUACAGUGAUGGCAGACUGUUGUUCUUCAAUGCAGAGAGAGGACUGGUGCUGUUCGCCAUCAAGCACAAAUUUACUGAUGCUGCUCACCCGACCUUUGCCCUGGAGAAGGCUGGAGCGCUUACCCUGUGCAUGGGAAUGCAGCUGCCAGAGUUUGUGAAGCACAGCUAA